AUGUCUACCAUUGAAGAACAACUUCUGGCUUUACAACAGCAAUUUGCUACACUUCAAGCCCAGCUUCAAGCGGCCUCCAUGCCUAAUUCUGUGCAGUCAGCGGAAGACACCGCCAUGCCUACUCCUAUGCAGUCAGAGGAAAGUACUGCUAUCCCACCUCUCCAUUCGUUUGGUACUAGGCCCCAUUACGAAUGGUCUCCCUCCGAUGCCCUUACGGACCUAAUGGAAUUGGAUACUCCCUUUCAUCAUUCUAAGCCUUUGCCUGAUUCGGAACGCAAGGCUAUCAUUGAGUCCUAUCCCCCUAUGGCUCAUUUAGACUAUCGAGCUCCAGCGACGAUUCCUACCGCUGCCCAAAUCAUGAAUCGUGGGCAGAAGUAUGAGGACCAGUCUCUCAAGAGUCUCUAA